CGGCGACGCCCGAGGGCCAUGCGGACGCCCUCGAGAAGCGCGACGGUUCUGCCCCUCCCGUAGCCCCCUCGGCCUGUUCGGUGGCGAUCUGGGCGCCAUGGAGACUCCAUAUUCGAUGACAGCGCACUACGACGAGUUUCAGGAGGUCAAGUACGUGAGCCGCUGUGGCGCGGGAGGCUCACGGGGGGCGUCGCUGCCCCCCGGCUUCCCGCUGAGCGCGGGGCGCGGCGCCACCGGAGCCCGGGCUGGGCUCCCCCGCUGGAACCGGCGCGAGAUAUGCCUACUGUCGGGGCUGGUGUUCGCCGCCGGCCUGUGUGCCAUUUUGGCUGCCAUGCUGGCGCUCAAGUACCUGGGCCCGGGCGCCGGGGGCGGCGCCGCCUGUGCCGAGGGCUGCCCAGAGCGCAAGGCCUUCGCGCGCGCCGCCCGCUUCCUGGCCGCCAACUUGGACGCCAGCAUCGACCCGUGCCAGGACUUCUAUUCGUUCGCGUGCGGCGGCUGGCUGCGGCGCCACGCCAUCCCCGACGACAAGCUCACCUACGGCACGAUCGCGGCCAUCGGUGAGCAGAACGAGGAGCGCCUGCGGCGCUUGCUAGCCCGGCCGGCGGGCGGGCCGGGCGGCGCGGCCCAGCGCAAGGUGCGCGCCUUCUUCCGUUCUUGUCUCGACAUGCGCGAAAUCGAGCGGCUCGGGCCCCGGCCCAUGCUCGAGGUCAUCGAGGACUGCGGGGGCUGGGACGUGGGCGGCGCGGCUGAGCGCCCAGGGACUGCAGCGCGCUGGGACCUGAACCGGCUGCUGUACAAGGCGCAGGGCGUGUACAGUGCGGCCGCGCUCUUCUCGCUCACGGUCAGCCUGGACGACAGAAACUCCUCGCGCUACGUCAUCCGCAUUGACCAGGACGGGCUCACCCUGCCGGAGAGGACCCUGUACUUGGCUCAGGAUGAGGAGAGUGAGAAGGUGCUGGCGGCCUACAGGGUGUUCAUGGAGCGCCUGCUCCGCCUGCUGGGCGCAGAGCACGUGGAGCAGAAGGCGCAAGAGAUCCUGCAGCUGGAGCAGCGUUUGGCCAACAUCACAGUGUCCGAGUAUGAUGACCUCCGCAGAGACGUCAGCUCCGUGUAUAGCAAAGUGACGCUGGGCCAGCUGCAGAAGAUCACCCCCCACCUGCGGUGGAAGUGGUUGCUGGACCAGAUCUUCCAGGAGGACUUCUCCGAGGAUGAGGAGGUGGUGCUGCUGGCCACGGACUACAUGCAGCAGGUGUCACAGCUCAUCCGCUCCACACCCCGCAGGAUCAUGCACAACUACCUGGUGUGGCGAGUGGUGGUCGUCCUGAGCGAGCACUUGUCUUCCCCUUUCCGUGAGGCACUUCACGAGCUGGCCCGGGAGAUGGAGGGCAGCGACAAGCCCCAGGAGCUGGCCCGCGUGUGCCUGGGCCAGGCCAACCGCCACUUUGGCAUGGCACUUGGCGCCCUGUUUGUCCAUGAGCACUUCUCAGCUGCCAGUAAAGCCAAGGUGCAGCAGCUGGUGGAAGACAUCAAGUACAUCUUGGGCCAGCGCCUGGAGGAGCUGGACUGGAUGGAUGCUGAGACCAAGGCAGCUGCCCGGGCCAAGCUCCAGUACAUGAUGGUGAUGGUCGGCUACCCAGACUUCUUGCUUAAACCUGAGGCUGUGGACAAGGAGUAUGAGUUUGAGGUUCAUGAGAAAACCUACUUCAAGAACAUAUUAAACAGCAUCCGCUUCAGCAUCCAGCUGUCGGUCAAGAAGAUUCGGCAGGAGGUGGAUAAGUCCACGUGGCUGCUGCCCCCUCAGGCACUCAAUGCCUACUAUUUGCCCAAUAAGAACCAGAUGGUAUUCCCGGCGGGCAUCCUGCAGCCCACGCUGUAUGACCCGGAUUUCCCACAGUCUCUGAAUUACGGCGGCAUCGGCACCAUCAUUGGACACGAGCUGACCCAUGGCUAUGAUGACUGGGGAGGCCAGUACGACCGCACAGGGAACUUGCUGCAUUGGUGGACCGAGGCCUCCUACAGCCGCUUUCUGCGCAAGGCCGAGUGCAUCGUCCGCCUCUACGACAACUUCACUGUGUACAACCAGCGGGUGAACGGGAAACACACGUUGGGGGAGAACAUCGCGGACAUGGGUGGCCUCAAGCUGGCCUACUACGCUUACCAGAAGUGGGUGCGGGAACACGGCCCGGAGCACCCGCUGCACCGGCUCAAGUACACGCACAACCAGCUCUUCUUCAUCGCCUUUGCCCAGAACUGGUGCAUCAAGCGCCGGUCGCAGUCCAUCUACCUGCAGGUGCUGACCGACAAGCACGCCCCUGAGCACUACAGGGUCCUGGGCAGUGUGUCCCAGUUUGAGGAGUUUGGCCGGGCUUUCCACUGUCCUAAGGACUCGCCCAUGAACCCCGUCCAUAAGUGCUCCGUGUGGUGAGCCUGGCCACUGGCCCACCUGCCUACCAGCCCACCUGCACGUCCCCAUUGCCCCGCACGACUCGCCUCCUGCCGGCUACCGGGCAGGCAUGCAGCCCUGGUACCGGGCCCUCCCUGGAGCCACUACCACCUCAGCGCUUCUGGGAGCUGGCCCCCUGCUGGUCCUCACCUCAGG